AACUCUGAAAAGCUUAAAGCGGAAGUGACGUCGUUAGCCUUUAGCUGGAGCUGUGAAUAGCAACCUGCCCUGCCCGCCCCGACACAAGACUUUGUUGAGAUCCCAUUUAUUCUUGACAGAUGGAUUGGUGCUUUAUGUCUGCACUGUGGUACCUUCUGCCGGUUUAUGUAGCCUUUCAUUUCCUGUGUUUCAUUUUUGCGGAUGCAGACUUAACUCUGCUGCGUGCUAGCCUGAUAGGACACAGACCAGAGACCACGCUGAGAGGGCUGGUGGUGUGGGUCACCGGAGCGUCCAGUGGGAUAGGAGAAGAACUGGCCUACCAGUUAGCAAAAUGUGGCUCGCGUCUCAUUCUGUCUGCCCGGCGUGAACAAGAGCUGAUGCGAGUCAAACGCAUAUGUUUGGAGAAUUCUGACCUCAAGGAUGAGGACAUUCUUAUUCUUCCACUCGAUUUGUUGGAGAGGACAUCGCACGAGGAAAAAACGCAAACUGCCAUUCAGUACUUUGGGCGUAUCGAUGUCCUCAUAAACAACGGUGGUCGAAGCCAGCGCUCUCUUUGCCUGGAGACUAGUGUUGAUGUGUAUGAAGCCUUGAUGGAGCUAAACUUCCUGGGUACAGUCUCUAUGACCAAGCAGGUGCUGCCUCACAUGACACAGAGAGGCAGCGGGAGUGUUGUGACUGUCAGUAGUGUUGUUGGCCUUGCUGGUGCACCGCUGGCAACAGGAUACUCUGCCAGUAAACACGCACUGCAGGGUUUCUUCAAUUCCCUUCGAACUGAGCUGACAGACUAUCCAAAAAUACUCAUCAGCACAGUGUGUCCAGGCCCGGUUCAGUCACAGAUUGUCAACAAUGCAUUCACAGAGGAGCUUAGCAAGCCGGUGGCCACGGUUGGUAACCAGGAGCACAAAAUGCCAACAAGCCGGUGUGUGCGUUUAAUGCUGGUGGGAAUUGCCAAUGGUGUCAAGGAAAUGUGGAUCGCUCAGCAACCUUUCCUCCUGUUUUACUACGCAUGGCAGUAUGCCCCCACGUUCGCCUGGACCAUCACAGAUCUGCUGGGCAGGAAAAGGGUGCAGAAUUUCAAAGCUGGUCUGGAUGCAGACUCCGCAUACUUCACUAAACCAAAGACCUCCUGAAAGCCAUCCUCUCAGGAUGAAGAGCUGCCAUGGCAUUCUGGAUGUUUCUCGUUAAAUGUGCCUUCACGUCUGCUCGGAGAAGGAUUUGAGGACCAUGGACUUCGACUGCUCUAUGCUUUUUUACCAUCUCAAAUGUAAACUAACUAAACUUUUUGUGGCAAACAGCCUUCCCGAAAGCAUAAAUGGCCUGUGAAGUGAGUCUAAGAAGGAUGAUGUGUUUGCGCUGACCAUCUGAGGGCAUAAUAAAAUUGAGUUUGGA